AACACGCAAAAGAAGAACUUGGCCAAUAUCCAGCCAUCUUGACCUCACACUUGGUCAAUAAUCCAUACUUCUUGCCUUGUGGCAAGCUCUCAAGCCAUUAAAAACAACAAUGACCUGUUAAGAAAAGAAGAAACAAUACGCUAGCUCAUGUAUACUAAUGAGGCAUAUGCACGUACAAGUACUGUAUGCUGUAUACCCGUGCAUGCACACACGGACACUGUAUGUACUUGUUUUUGGCUGAUGCAAAGUGUGCAUGUAUAUCUUUUCUUAUUUCUGAGCUGCACUAUAUUACAAGUUUUUACUGACAGUAAUUUUUGUGAUUGUGCUUUUUCCUUGGAGAAACCAUGCCCAGAAGGGAAAGCUAAUUUCUUUUCACGCGUGUCAUUUUGGUGGCUAAACAGUUUGUUUCUAACUGGCUUCAAGAGACCAUUGCAGGACAGUGACUUGUGGUCGUUGGAGGAAAAAAGUCUUUCUUGUAAUAUUGUACCAAGACUUCACGGGGAAUGGGACAAGGAACUUAGAAAAAAUCAUGGGAAAAACAAAGCACCUCAGUUUGAUGAACAUGAACUUGAGAAGGACCAACUUCAUGGAACCUCUGAUGUUACUUUUGCUAGAAAGAAAUGCCAUGAUCCAUCCCUGGUCAAAGCUAUGAUCAGAGUGUUUGCUCCUUACUUUGUGAUUGGAAUCGUCUUCAAACUGAUCAACGAUAUAUUGCUUUUCAUUCAGCCGUAUCUUCUAGGACUCCUUAUAGAAUACACAGAGGAUAAAGAAAAUGAGGCAGACAAGUGGAAGGGUUAUGUGUAUGUUGCCUGUAUGGUUGUCAUAGCAAUCUUUCAAAUGACAGCAGUUCAACAUUCACUUCAUAUUGCAUUUAAAUCAGCAAUGAGAGUCCACACAAGUAUAAUUGGAGUUGUUUAUGCUAAGGCCUUGUCACUGAGUAGCUUAUCAAGAAGAAUUUCUACAGCAGGGGAGAUGGUGAACCUUAUGGCUGUUGACGCUCAGCGUGUUAUGCAGCUGGUGCAGUCCUUCAAUCAACUAUGGUCAGCACCAUUCCAAAUCUGUGUUGCCAUCUAUUUCCUGUACGUCACCAUGGGUGUGGCUGUUCUGGCCGGACUGGGCAUGCUGAUAAUGUUGAUACCGCUGAACCUUCUCAUUACACGACUAGCCAGGAAGAUACAGGUGAAACAAUUGGAAAAUGCUGAUGAACGGCUUAAGCUGACGAACGAGCUGCUUAGUGGAAUUAAGGUGCUUAAACUUUAUGCCUGGGAAGAAUCCUUCAUGACCAAGAUCACUGAGAUUAGAAAUAAAGAACUUCGUCAUCUCACCAACAGUAUGUACUUCGGUGCAGCUGUUUCCUUCACUUUCAUCUGUGCUCCAUUUUUGGUCUCUCUAGCCACAUUCACUGUAUACGUUUUGCUUGGAAAUGAACUGACAGCUGGUAAAGCCUUUGUAGCGAUCUCCUUGUUUAACAUUCUUCGCUUUCCUCUUACCAUGCUACCCAGAGUGGUAAUGAACUUUAUUCAGGCUCAAGUCUCAUUCCACCGCCUCGAGCAGUUCCUAAAACUUGAUGAAUUAGAACCCGAAAACGCCAUUCGAAGCAUGCCGUCACAAUGUUCAACCCUGGCAUGUCGCAUUGAAAAUGGAACCUUUUCUUGGGAUAGAACUGAAGACAUUCCUGUCUUAAGAAACAUCAAUGUGAAUAUUCCAAGCGGUUCACUUGUUGCCGUGGUCGGUCAGGUUGGAUGUGGAAAAUCAACCCUUCUUUCUGCUCUUCUUGGGGAAACCGAGAAAUUGCAUGGGAAAGUUUAUGUUAAGGGAACCACAGCUUACAUUCCUCAGCAGGCUUGGAUCAUGAAUGCAACGCUUAAAGAAAAUGUGCUCUUUGGUCAGCCACGUGACACUGAGCGAUACAAGCACGUGAUUAGCGCGUGCGCCUUGGAUCCUGAUAUCGAGGUCUUACCAGCAGGUGACAUGACAGAGAUUGGCGAAAAGGGUAUAAACCUUAGUGGUGGACAGAAGCUGCGAGUGAGCUUAGCUCGCGCUGUGUAUUUUGAUGCUGACGUUUUCUUGCUGGAUGAUCCACUCAGUGCCGUUGAUUCACACGUUGGAAAACACAUCUUUGAUAAAGUCAUUGGGCCUCAGGGACUGCUGAAGGAAAAGACUCGUGUUCUUGUGACACACAGUGUGAGAUUUUUACCGUAUACGGACCAAAUCAUAGUUAUCAAAGAUGGCGAAGUUUCCGAGGUGGGGACAUACGCAGAGCUCAUAGAAUCACAAGGACGGUUUGCUGAGUUUCUUGACACUUAUGCUGGUGAAAAUGGCAGCUAUGAAAACAAUACAAUUAUAAAACAGGAAAGUGGAAGAGGAGAUAAUCACGCGUCACGGCCUGAUAAAUCUCCCAAAAAGGUGGCAUAUGCUCGAUCUGUCAGCUGUCAUCACCUUGGCAACGAGCUUCAUCCACGUGACCACGCCGGAAAAUCUCAGAGUGAAGUUAACCUAGCAAGACUCGCCGUCGACAAACACGCUGGAAAACGUUCUCCUAUAAAACAUUCACAAAAGCUUGAAAAUCGCUACAGUUUAGCUAGUAUGCGUUCUUUGAACAGCUUUUUAUCUGUGUGCGAAGGAAUGGACGCAGAUUAUGUGGUAGAAGAUGAUCCUUUGGAAGAUAUUGAGCCUGAUGAAGACGAUGGAAAGCCGUUAGAUUCUACGCCAAAGUUACAACAUCAGCAAAGUUUGGCUACUGAUGUUUCUCUGAAUAGUUUGUUAACGUUGGCAGAAGAGGACACUUCAGGGAUUGAAGUUGAUACACCAACGAUCAUCAUCAAGGGGCCUGAAGAUAGUGAUGAAGAACCGGUGAAGGAAAACAAAUGUUUAAUUGAAAAAAGACGAUCGGAGAAUGCUGAUCCUCCUUCUGGGAAAAGGGAGAGAAGAGGCGGGACAGGAAGGACAACCUCGGACGAAAAGUCGCAAACUGGGAGAGUUAAGCUGUCAGUUAUAAUGGCGUACGCAUCCAGUCUGGGCAUUCUAUGCUCGUUGCUUCUUCUCUUCUGUGGUCUGGGUGCAGAAUCCUCAAUUAUCGUGUCACGCAUAUGGCUAGCUAAAUGGAGCUCCACUAAUGUCACGACAUCACAGCAGCGUGACACAUUCCUGGGCGUCUACGGUACCUUGGGAUUCGGCCAAGUCCUCCUCACUACUGGCAUGUCUCUUAUACUAGCCUACAGCGCGAUGAAAGCUGCGAGAAACCUGCACCAAGGACUUCUUGUCAAUAUAAUGCAUCUACCCAUGCAGUUCUUCGAAACAACACCCAUUGGGAGGAUUGUGAAUCGUUUUUCAAGAGAUGUUAAUUCGGUUGAUGAUAAGAUUCCGCGUUCUCUGGGAAUGUUUAUAAGAACGUUCUUGUCCACGGUCGGUACUAUUUUUGUGAUCAGCUAUUCCACUCCUUUGUUUCUCACGUGCGUGUUGCCCCUGGGCGCUCUUUACAUAUUUAUUCAGAGGGCAUUUGUAUCAACAUCUCGUCAACUAAGGAGAAUCGAAUCCGUGAGCCGGUCGCCGAUCUACAAUCACUUUUUUGAAACCAUUAACGGUACAAGCACCAUUCGUGCCUACUCGCAGCAAGAGAAGUUUGUCCUGGAGAGCUAUCGGCGAGUGGAUGAGUCUCAAGUGGCGCAUUAUCCCGCUAUUUGUGCAAACAGGUGGUUAGCUCUCCGUCUGGAGUUUAUUGGAGCUGCUAUUCUGUUUUUCGCUUCAUUGUUUGCUGUAAUUUCCAGAGAGACUAUAGCACCAGGUCUCGUGGGGCUGUCUGUGGCAUAUGCAUUACAGAUCACUGGUGUAUUAAACUGGAUGGUGCGGCAGUCCAGCGAAAUGGAAACCAAUAUCGUCGCCGUGGAGAGAAUCAAGGAAUACACAGGAAUUACGAGAGAGGCCGAGUGGAUAGUUUCUUCUCACCGUCCCCCUGACGAAUGGCCCCACCAGGGGAGGAUAGAGAUAGAACGGUUUGACUUGCGUUACAGAGAGCAUCUACCUCUAGUCCUAAAAGACAUCAGUUGCGCCAUUGGAGCUAAGGAAAAGAUUGGUAUUGUGGGUCGCACAGGAGCUGGCAAGUCAACGCUCACCUUAGCUUUGUUUCGUAUUCUGGAGAGAGCUGGCGGACGAAUUGUUAUUGAUGGUGUUGAUAUCGCUUCAAUUGGACUCCAAGAUCUGCGGUCACGACUCUCGAUCAUUCCACAGGACCCCGUAUUGUUUUCUGGAAGUCUGCGUCGAAACCUGGACCCAUUCAAUCAUCACACUGAUGAACAACUGUGGAACGCACUUGAAGUGGCUCAUCUAAAGAACUUUGUAACAGGGCUUGAGAAAGGUCUACAAUUCACCAUUCUGGACGGAGGGGAAAACCUAAGUGUUGGUCAGCGGCAAUUGGUGUGUUUAGCGCGUGCGCUGCUCCGUAAAAGCAAGAUCCUGGUUCUCGAUGAAGCCACGGCCGCGGUGGAUCUGGAAACUGAUGAACUCAUACAGCAAACGAUUCGGCGUGAGUUCGCUGACCGCACAGUAUUCACGAUCGCUCACAGGCUUAACACUAUCAUGGACUGUGAUAGAAUCAUGGUUCUAAAGGACGGAUCAGUAGUGGAGUUUGAUGUGCCAUCGAAUUUGCUAUCAAGAAGAGGUUUGUUUUACAUCAUGGCUCGAGAUGCUGGCCUGGCUUAAGAAGAGUCUUGUUGGGUUUGCUUGGAUGGGGACAUGGGUCGCUGAGCGCCAUAUUACUGGAAUGCCUUGGCUAUGCAGUGAGCAGCUGGGUCGCAGUGGAUAACCUGUCGGGUUUAAACUUGGAUGAAAUUUUUGAGGGAUUCUCUUCAGCAAAAUGAAAAGUUUCAACCGUUCAA